AUGUCAACAUCAAGCAAUUACAGUGGAGUUUGGACAAAGGAAGCUAUUUGUAAAGGAAAUGGUUUCAUUGUUGAAGGUGUCGUUAAAAAGAUAAAGAUGCAUUCAAUGUUUAUCAAUACGAAACCAUCGAUUCAUGAUAAUCAAUUGCCCACUCGAUUCUUUACUGUAGUUGUCGAUGUAGAUACCACUAUCAAAAGAAACUUCAAUGCAGACGGUUAUGAAGUGCCACCCAAGAUGACACGUGCCACCGCAAUCUCAAAAGGUUACCUAAAUAAAUUUGAUAGAGUCGAAGCAAAGUUAGUUGAAAAAGUAGAGCACGGUGCGCUGGCCGCGGCAAUUGGUUCACCCACUGGCAAGGCAUUGCCAAUUGGAUUCCACGAUGAUUCUCUGCCAUCGUUACAUCCCGCUGUCAAGGGACACUUUGAAUUCUGGUUGGAUGCUGAGAAGAAUGCUCAUAAGGAUAUUAAAGUCGGUGAUGAGGUCAGAAUUAAAACAAUAGGAAAUUCUGUUAUUGCAGAGAGUAUAAUCAAGAUGGAUACAUUCCAAAUUUCCAACUUUUCCGGAGAUACUCAGUUACUCAAUGCUUGGUCAAACAAUCUUACAAGAAGAGGUGAUAUGGAUGAUGAUGAACCAAAGAAAAAGGAUGACGAUGAUGAUCAAGAUUGGAGUUGA